AUGACGCAUAAAGGAUUGAAUUUGUUUAUUGUUACUGCAGGUCUAUGUGUAAACCUGUAUGGAUUAUAUGGUGUAAAAAUCGGUGUACCUAUGGUGGGCUAUAGUGGUCAUUUUCAAUUUUUAACUAUUGUCGGUCUUUUGGUAGCCACUUUAUCCUCUUUUGCUCGCAUUAUUAAUUUAUUAACAGGAAAACUUCAAGUGAUUUAUGAAUCCUUGACUGCUAUUGCCACACCUGUAGAAGGGUUAAUUAGCAUUUUAUAUUGGCCUAUUAUGCUGUAUGAUAAAGAAAUGCUGGUACCCAAAGAUACUAUAUUUGAUUUACCUUUAAAGUUAGAUUUGAGUCUACAUCUUUUUCCUACUAUUGUGUGCUGGAUCGACUUUAUGGGAUUUAACAGAGGAUUUAAAAGAUCCCCUAUUCAUAUCUUUUCCAUUUACUUUUUCACUUUUCUUUAUUAUGUUUGGGUUAAUGUAUGUUAUGAGCAUAAUGGAUAUUGGCCUUAUCCUCUCUUAGGUUUAUUUAAGAAUAAUGCUCAAAGAGGCGUUUUCUUCAUAUUCUGCGGUUGGUUUUGUUCUUUACUUUAUAAAACAAUUGCAAAAGGACAUGAACUAUUCCAUGCAAAGAAAGAAGAAAUAAAAACAGAGUAA